AGCCCGGACGCCUGGGUUGUCUCCCCUGCAGGACCGCACUGGGUCCCUGAGUGUGUCUCUUUAUUCCAGCACCGGCAGCUUGGAGCCGAUGAAAUCGAAGAGCUACGCGAGGCCUUCGCAGAGUUCGACAGGGACAAGGACGGGCUGAUCGGCUGCAAGGACCUGGGCCAGCUGAUGCGCAGCAUGGGCUACAUGCCCACCGAGAUGGAGCUCCUCGAGCUCUCGCAGCAAAUCACCAUGAACUUGGGGGGGCGGGUGGAUUUUGAAGACUUCGUGGAGCUGAUGACACCCAAGCUGCUAGCCGAGACGGCCGGGAUGAUCGGGCUGCAGGAGAUGAGGGACGCUUUCAAGGAGGGCGGGCAGCGAACCCAGAGUCUGACGCCCGCCCUCGCAGUUUUGACGCCAAACGGGGACGGGGAGAUACGCUGGGACGAGGCCUGCAGCUGGGCCAUGCAGCGCCAUGGCGAGCGACUCCCCCCCGCGAGAAUCAGCGACGUGGCAGGAGGCCGACAUCAAACAGGGGAUGGGACCGUCGACUGUCGAGGAGUUGUGAAGAUGAUGUUCAACGCUGAGAGGGGCUGAGCCGCCCUCCCCCGAGAUCAAAGACUGACCUUGGACAGGGGGUUGAGCCCGAAGCUGUCAAGUACACCACGACUGACCCAAACUGCAAGCCUCCAGCUCCCCUCACGCUCCCUGCCAGCUACCCCCC